AAACCUCCAACACACCCCAAAGCUCACCGUCCCCCAACCCCACACCGCCCAACCCCCCACCCCUCAUACGCCCCCCCCCCCAACUCAACCUCCUAAACGCACCACAACCGCGCACAGAUCCCCCCCCACACCCUUUCCCCCCUACACCCACCCUAUCCCAACACCCAUCAACCCCCACAGCCACCCACCGCCCCCCUUCACCCCAAACCGCUCCUCCACAAACACCACCCUCCUCCCCCCAAAAAAUACACAUACCCACCACACACACCAACCUCAAGCGCUUCCCCACCUCCCCCACCCACCACAACAACAACCAACGUAUCAUCAGGCGGAUUGGACCCCCAAAAAAAAACAAGAAACCUACAACACUACGCAACUCCACUAUAACACACACCACUACCAACCACCUCACGCCCCUGUCCGCCCCCACUCUUUACCCCAACACAAUACCUGCCACACGCUCCCCCAAACCAUCGACCCCCAAAAACAACCCCCCCCAUACACCACCAAAACAACUAUAA